GUCUCUGAAGCUUCCGGUUCCUGUCUCCCUCACGAAAUUAGGAUAUCCACGAAUUUUUCCUCGGUUUCAUCGGCGGCGUAUGUACCGUCGCGAUGAACGGGCCGACAGUCUGGUUCAAUUGUAUUUGUCUUUCUUUUCUCUCUAUCGGAUUAUUCUGAUAGGGAAGAAGAUUAACAAAUCGACUUUUGAAUCGAUUGUUACUCCCGUUGCCGAUAUGGACGCUGUUUAUCAAUUUGUCACUGAGAUCAAAUCCUCUUUUGCAGAUUUGAUACAGCGGUACAUACCUGAUAUCCGUUCGAUACCCCUUGACCAGGGUAUGCAAUGGACACCUACGUGGAAAGCUUUGCCUAGUUUCUCAACUAUGCAGUCAUUGUUUUCUCGUUAUGGUAGGUCACAGUGGAAACGCUGUCGGUCUUCCUUUCCAGCUCAAACUUUUGAACUGGCGGGAUUUAUAUGGCUUGUAGAGUUUGUGAAUGCUAGGGGGGAACAAUGGAACCAAGGUACCCUUUGGGCUCUUUUCAGAAGGUUUCCAUUUGACCCCUCCAACAAACGUCUUUCUGAAGUCAGUCUAGAAUUCUUUGAACAAAGGAUUGGGCCGUUUCUUCCAACUUGGUCUCCCGAGGUGGGGCCAGUUGUGACUGGGCGGUUGGGUCAGUCAAUUGAGGGUGGAGGAAAGAGGAGGAUUUUUGCCAUAGGUAACUACGUAAAUCAAAGGUUACUCCAUCCAGUUCAUGACUGGUUGUCGCAGGUUCUCAAAAAGAUACCACAGGAUGGUACUUAUGAUCAGACCGCACCUCUUGAUUUACUAGUUGGCCACAGACAUUGCUUCUCAUUUGAUCUAAAGUCGGCCACGGAUAGGUGGCCUUUAGUUUUCAUGUUUGAGAUGUUUCAGUGUCUGUUUGGUAGAGCAUUUGCUUCAGCUGUAGUUAAUUCUGCUUUAGCAAUGAACCUGUUUCAGGUCCCCUUUGUUAAAGGCAGAGGGAAAGCAGUAAGUUUCGUCGCUGGGCAGCCUCUCGGAUAUCAUUCCUCAUGGCCUCUCUUCGCGCUCACUCAUCACCUUUUAGUGUGGUGGUGUGCAGAACAGGUGUAUCCUCUCCAGCGUUUUACAAAUUAUGCCAUUCUAGGUGACGAUAUAGUCAUCGCAGAUGAACAGGUAGCUAGGGUUUACCGGGACGCCUUAUCGAGGUUAGAAGUUAGGAUUUCUGAACAAAAAUCUCUGAUCUCUGAUACAGGUUGUGCCGAGUUCGCUAAACGAUUUAGGGUUAAGGAUCUAAGUGUAGACUUGGAUCCUAUUUCGGCACGUGCUGUCUUGUCCUGCCAUCACCCGUAUGGGCUUUAUGCUUCGAAUUUUCAUAAAACGACGUCGAAACGGGUCAGUAGGUACCUUUCGAUGUGGAGUAAACUCCGACUUCCUUUCGAGCCUUGGCUUGGAGUGUCCUACGAGGGCCAGAGCUCUGCUCUGGAGGGGGCUGCAUGUGGCUAUAUCCGAGUUGAAAUCGAUCCCAGACCCAGAAAUCUUUUUAUUAAAAGAACCCGUCCUCCCAUUAACAAGGGGUUCAAGGGUUUAGCGAUGAAAAGCUUCAAGCUGAGACUGAUAAGAGGAAAAAACCUAAGUGUGGUGUACCCUGCAGAGGAGAAGAAUGGGUUGUUUAAAAGAAAAGGGGUUGUGACAGAAAAGGAAGCAGUAUCAGUAGCAGUAGCAAAAGGAGAAGGAAAGGAACUUCAUACCUUAGACGGUUUAGGCUUUAGAUUUGGGGAGGAAGAUGAUGGGGAUGAUGAUCUAUCAAAGAAGGUGGUCCUCAAGUUCGGGAGUCUUCUUACAAAGGUGGUGGUAAACUACGUCUUACCCCGGGUCUUUGGUCCAAAGGAGAAUCAACCCGAGGAACUUGAUGAGGAUGUGGAAGAACAUGACUCUCCUCCAGUUUCGGAGAUUGCAGAGGUUGAUUCUGGUCUGGAGCCAACAGACGGAUCAGAGGUGAGCAGGGACCUAGCUAAGGGCAAGGCCUUGAUUACUGACACAACCCUGAUGACGAUCCAAGGCUCUCGUGCUAAAGGACAGUCAGUAAUGGGAGAAAGCGGAGAAAGUUCUAAAGGUAAGACUCCGUCUCUGGAAGAGACCAGAGUCAGUAGAGUGACUUUUGAGAAGCCGCCAGAAGAAAUGACCAAGCAUCUGAGGCCUCUAUACAUCAGAGCUCACAUCGAUGGAAAGCCGUUGUUGUCUAGAGUCUUGGUGGACAAUGGAGCCGCAGUGAAUAUACUGCCACUCAGAAUGGUAAGGAGGCUGUCCAAGUCCGAGCAAGAUUUGAGCCCUUCCGAAGUCUCAGUUACCAGCUUUGAUGGUGGCGUGGCGGGAUCAUUCCGGUGGAUUGUUUAGUGGGUAAGACUACUAAAGUAAGCGCCUUCUUUGUGGUAGAUGGAACAGCGGCAUAUAACGUCUUACUGGGUAGAGAUUGGAUCCAUUCAAAUUGGUCCAUCCCCUCCAAGCUCCGAAAUUACAGAUAAUGAAAAUAGUUGACACGG